CAAAAAUUACAAAAUUGUCAAUAGCGUCAAUAGUAGAUGAUAUUUCAGUAUCAGACAGUGUUCUUCACGCGGAAGUACAAGAUGUCUAUUGUACUAAAGAUUGUCUCUUCGGUUCUGAAUUUAUUUCGUGUAAAUGGUGAAAUAAAUUAUGUUUCACUGGCACUUGUAGCUGGUCUAUUAUCCUUAAUACUUGUCUGGUUUGCUAUAAAGAAACUCACCUCCAAGAAAGGUCGGAACCCGUUUGCGCAAGACACGCGUCGACCUCCCGAACCACUGGAAACAGACUUAAAAGCGAGGGAUAAAGUUCUAAAGAAUGGAUUUGUUGCAAAGAAAGUGCCAGACAAUUUAGAUGUGAUUUUUAUUGGUAGUGGAAUAGGUAGUCUGAGUUGUGCUGCAAUGUUGGCCAAGGCUGGCAAAAAAGUUCUGGUACUUGAGCAACAUGAUCAGGCUGGGGGAUGUUGUCAUACGUUUUAUGAGAAAGGUAUUUUUUCAUUUUACUUCAGAUACUCAACCUUGUAUCCAGGAUUCAAAUGCCCAACCAAGCUGUACUGUAGUCACUGUGCACAAGGUGUAGGGGCAGCUAUUUCCAGGGGCGUAGAAAGCAAAAAAAUGGGGGGGCACCGGUUUCGAGGGGCACUUUGAGUGAAAAGGGCACCUGAAAAAUUUUUCAACAAUAGACGGUCAACUCAAAACAUUUUCCAGACAUAUUGUUAUAUUCGCCAACAGACAAAAAAUUUUCUGGACAUAUAAUUUUUUCUGAAAAUACCAACAUUUUUCCAGACAUACCAAAAUACUAAAAUAAAUGCAAUCAUAAAUCAAAGGCCAUUGAGGCAAAAAUGCAAUCUGAAUGACAUUUUUUCACAAAGGCAAAGGGUACUUUGACACCAGAAAAAAGGCACUUUUGAAAACUUGGGCUGGGCUUGGCCCCCCGGUUCCUAUGCCCCUGGCUAUUUCUCCCAUUGUCCAAAUUGUCUUGGUGUCUAACCAUUGAAUAAUCAUUGGUAUUAAUUAAUAUAUAGUUAUGUAUGAGUCAAUUGUAACCUACACUCACCACACCCGUGGAAAGGUGGGGAUUUGUUUUUGCCACUGUCCAAAUACACACAAAAUCCUAGCCUGCGUGGCAGGCCCUCAAAUUUAUGGGGGGCCUGAUUUGCAGCGGGCAGGAUUUUGGCGGGCUCCGGGGGAGGAUUAAGGGCCUGCAGGAAAGCCCACCUUUCAUGACUACACGCCGUUCAGAUUGAAUGCGAUCACCUGAUUGGUCAAUACCAAGUCAGUGGAAAACCGUAGUAUUUGUUGAUUUCAAUAUUGUUGCUAUCUAAUCCUCGAUCUGUCUUGAACAUCGAUCGUGGCUAUUUUUUCUUAUUCAGCAGCGAUACAAAAGAUGAUCUCACUGGCCAGUCAUCAGGAAAUAGCACAGGAUAAUUGCAAACAAUUAACGUGCAUGGAUAUGUAAAAUUGUAAAUACUGAUUCUGAUGAUGUACUAUAUAAAAGUAUUAACUAAAGCUGAACAUCGACGGUUUGAAAACGUGUGCAGGGCGUUCGUCACUGUGGUCCAGCCACUUUUCGUUUGUAGGGUUUCGAGUCACAAUAUUCCCAUUCGGAUGACCUAAAAGCACUUUUAAUGAUUUAAGCACAGUUAAUUUAAGUGACGAACGCCCACGAACGCCCUUCACACGUUUUCAAACCGUCAAUGUUGAGCUUACUUCGGUACAUCGUCGGAAUCAGUAUUUACAUCCACGUUGCCUGCAGUACUACUGUGCUAUUUCUUGAUGACUAGCCAGUGAGAUCAUCUUUUGUAUUGCUGCUGAACAAGCACUGUACUUUUACGCAUAGAUUUCGAUUCAGUUCUAGACAUACUACCCGGAAAACAUCGCGGAGAACAAACGCAAUUUGAUUCAGUUUGGUUGAAUGGACUAGCGCCACGGUCAGCGUGUCAGGAAUUAACAGUUUACGCUUUCCUGAUGUUUCUACAUCUUUGAGCUGGUAAUGGUGUUGAAACUUCUCGUGUAGUACAGUUACAUAUAGGAUAUUAACAAAAGCCAACUUUCUCACAUAUUAAAUCUGAGAGCACAAUUCCGAAAGAUUGUUUUCUUUCUGAUGGUUUUUUGUGAUGAAUCAUGAACAAUUUUACUAAAAUUGCCAAAUUGCUGUUUAAUUUAAAACAACAUUUACAAAAUCUGCAAUAUUGUAUUAAAUUGUAUUAUAGUAUUGAGCGGUAUUGAGUUUAAUUCGCAAUAUUGUUUGAUUGACAUGUUUACGUGCAAGCGAAUAUUUUUAGAAGCCAAUGAAUUAUGUUAUGAUCAUGCUGGUUAUGACUGGGGCGUGUAGUCAUGGAAGGCGGGCUUUCCUGCAGGCCCUUAAUCCUCCCCCGGAGCCCGCCAAAAUCCUGCCCGCUGCAAAUCAGGCCCCCCAUAAAUUUGAGGGCCUGCCACGCAGGCUAACAAAAUCCCCAUACCUGCUUCGUCAAAAUUGCAUGCAUAAUAAUAUAUAAAACUUUAAAAUUGAUCAUGGGCGGAUUUACUGGGCGGGUGGGGUUAGGGGUGUGUGUGGUUAAACCCCCCUAGAGGGGUUAAACCCCCUAUAAUCUCUCUAACCCCUCUUAUAAAGUGUUCAACAGAAAUUUCACUUCACUCCUCCUAUUUUGUCUGAAAGUGUUUAACCCUGACGCCAAGGGCGGAUUUUCAUAUUUUUCUCGGGGUUGCAAAAAAUUCAGGGGUGGUGGUGAUGAUCUGGUGCAGGGGCAAAUGUGUGGUACCGAUGAGCACGUGAUCUUAUUUUUUGUAAGAUUUUAGUGUGUUUUACUUUUACGUUAAUUUAAUUGCUGCAAAAAAGCGUAUAUAGAAAUAUGUUAAUAUUAAUAUUUCUAUCUUACUUAACGGUAAUUUAAUUUAGCGCAUUUAAAUUUUGGCAGGGACAGGGGGUGCACAAUUUCUCUGAGUGGGGGGGGGGGAAUUUGGGGGGAUGCACACACCCAGAAAAUCCGUCCUUACCUAACGCCUAACCCCUGCCGAAUCUUGCUCAGUGGUGCCCUUGCACCCCACUAGAAAUUUUUCCACCCCUCCUUUUAAAGAAAUGAAAAUCCGCCCUUGAAAUUUAUAGGUGGUGGCCGGGGGAAGGUAGUUGCCAUGCUUGUCCCUAGUGUCUGCCACUCCCCCAUUCAUCAGUAUGUACAACAUUAUACCCAGCAGGUCACCAUUUACCAAAUGAAUCCUUGUACCCCCUUUAAACUUAACUAGUGAUGUUUUACAUUGUAAGGUUUUGAGUUUGACACUGGUAUACAUUAUGUUGGUGAAAUGGUUGGCAAUACGGUUUCAAAGUUUCUGGUGGACCAGUUAACAGAUGGUCAGCUUCAGUGGUCUCCACUUGACCCCAUGUAUGAUGAGGUUGUGAUUGGUUCAUCACCUGAAGAUGCAAAAUCAUUCCCCAUUAUGAGCAGCAAAGAAGAUUAUAAGAAUGCUUUGCUUGAGAAAUUUCCCAAUGAGAAGAAGGCAAUUGACAAAUACUUUGACAUGCUACAGGUGAAUAUAUUUUGCAACAAUGUACAAGUGAUCGGACUAGGUGUUCCACAAUAGGUACAUGUGUGGGAUACUAAGAAAAUACGGGCACAGGAUUUGGUAUUCAAGUUUUGAUUUAGACUAUGUAACUAUAUGUUACCCUAUGCCGGAGCGGUUUGAAAACAGUGCUGAAAAGUCAUAAUUAACCGUCAUGUUCACACUACACUGGAGCGAAAUUGUUUGAAAAGGACACUUUUUCCAUAACGAUUUGAGCACGGUUUCUAAACUAAGAGAUGACAACGGAGCGCUUUGCAGCUUCAUGUGAACACCAGCACCAUCUUUAUCUUUUUCACUAUUUGAGCUUGUUUUGCGAAACCAUACCGAAACUCUAACAACUUUGUGUGAACAGAUGUAAAAGGUGUCAUCAUUAUUUCGCUACGGUGUGGUGUGAACAUAGUCUUAACCCAUUAAGAUGCAUUGCGCCCUAACAUGCCCUACUUUACUGUUCAGAGGACUGGACUUAAUUUGCUUAUCAAGGGGAGAGUGCUAGCACUCAAUGGAUUAAUCAGACUAUUUACCCAUAUGUAUAUAGUUAACACUGCCAUUAAGUUGCAUUGCACCCUAAUGCACCUGACAUUAUUUUACUCUGUCUAACACUAGACAAUGCUAGUGUUAGUCUCAGUGCUACCAAUGCUCAAUGGGUUAAUAAUGUUUGGGUUUUAUUGUAGGUAUAGCCAUGAUCCAAUAAUAUAGUUGAGCGAUUACAUGUUCAAACAACCUGAAAAAUACAGUUGAACCCUACUUUGCGACCACCCUAUUAAUCUAUUCUUGGGUUUCACUAUGGCAUUAUGCAGUGAAUCUGACGGGGGUCAAUCCCAAAUGAAUUGAUGCUUUUGCUGUACUGGAGUGAGGAAAUGAUACAAAAUUCCAUGUAUUUGCCACCAAACACAAGGCAUCACUCUGAUAACUGACUCACUCUGAUAACUGUGUUUUGUUUUAGAGUUGUCCCCCGUCACUUCUGUGACGUCACAUGAAACCCAAGAAUUACGGUCACUAAUUUUUGUCCCUAAAAAAACAACAAUACAUUUUAUUAUAAAGAUACCCUAGCUGUUAAUAUGGCCAAAUUUUUUGGCCUGUCCUUGGUAGUAUUAACGAGGUUCCACCGUAUAACAAGAAUGUCAGCAUUUGAAGUUGCUAACUUUGGUUUAAUUAGUACUUAUACUGACAGGGCUGUUCCGAGUGGUAUCUGGUUGGGAGGGUGAAUUCAAAAAUUUGGGCCCCCUUCCUUUCUGGGGCCCCCCUCAAAAUAUUUUUCCAGAAAGCAAAAAUUUUUCCGGGGGUCAACUUUUUUUUCUGAAAACAAAACGUCCCAAAAUGUUUUUCCAAACACUACUUUGAGAUAAAGGGGGUUAAAAAUAGUUUUUCCAACCUUUUUAGACCUCAAUUUUUCAAAAAAUUCCUUAUUAUUUAACACGUUCUGCAAUUCCAGCGUUCCGGGGGCCCCUCUGGGCAAGUUGGGCCCCCUUUCUUAACUUUUCUUUGGGGGGUGUUACAGCCCCCCCCCCCCCCAGUAGUUCUGGCCCUGCUUACUCAGACGAAGGGCCUUUCAUUGAAACAUUGAAGUUCUUAUACUUUUCAGAUAGUUGUAAGUGUAUUUAUUUAUGAAACCUACUGAAAACGAUUUAUUUUAACAGAACCUUUUGACAUCACAAAAAUGAAUGCCAUUUUGUACCGUACAUGGCGCUUAUAUAUAUAUAAGCGCCAUAGGACUAUAUAUAGGUGCCAUGGUACUGUACUACAAGACGCGUGAAAUUAAAACUGCGCGAAAAUAUCGCAUUUGGAGUGCGCGAAUUUAAACGAAAAGCGAAAAUAAAUAAAUGCUGGAGUGCUUGAAAUUAUAUAUACUCCAGAUUCCCUUUUCUUAAAAGGCGUUGUUCGAGCAUCCGAACGAAAUGGAACACCGUUCCCAGAACGCGUCCUGGGAUGCAAAAUUGGAUUCGUCCGAAACGCAAAUCGAAUGCAUUCAAAACACACACACAGCACUAUAGUCUGAACAGUUAUGUACUUGUUUCAGUUGUUCGAGACAUAAAGUUCUGACGAGUCGCGCGCUUUCAUCUUGCAAUACGUGACAAUUUGGCAUGAAAGUUCUGUGAGACAGGAGUGUAUGCGAUGAUUUUUCUGCUAUAAUAUGAUUUCCCUUUAUACAGAAAUGUAGUAGAGCGAAUGUUGGACAAGUUCUCUUGAAAAUAUUGCCAAGAAUGCUGUGUCAAUUUCUUAUAUCAACUGGCAUCAUCUAUUGGGUAACAGAUUAUUUCAAAUAUUCUCAACGUAGUUUGGCUGACGUUAUGGAAGAAUUAACGGACAACAAGGAUCUACGUGCAAUUCUCUCGUAUUGUUUCGGGGACUAUGGUAGGUAUUAAGCCUUGUUUGCACAAAGUAUUUUCAUUUACCCGAGACUUACUUGCACCUGAGAAUUACCUGAGGCUCGACAUGGUGGGUUGACCCUAAAUACCUGGCUGAAGCGCGAGUCCUAGAAAUGAGAUCAUUAUACUGUAUGCAAUAUGCAUGCAAAAAUGAGUUACCGGUAUAUAAAAAUUUCGCUGAGACCAAUAUUAGAAUCUCGUAUGUUAAUUCCUUCCCUCAUGAAAAUUGGUCUUGAGUUUAUCAAAACGUGUUGACACUACAAGCCAAGCUGACCUGAGACUGGUCUAGGACUGACGUAAGACCUGAGCUUCAGGCCACCAUCAAGUAGGUCCUUGACCAGUCUUAGGUCAGUCCAAGCGCGUUUACACUAGGCCAGUUGUUCAAAGCACGAUUAGCGCUAACCCUGGGUUAAAAUUUACCCAGCUGUUUUGGUUUGCGUAUUCUGCACUUUGCACGAUUUGUUCUAUAACUUAAUUACCGAAUAAAACUUUUAUUGAUGAAGACAAGAUUCUGGAAAAAAUAUUUCUAAGUAUACAUACAUGGUGUUGGAAAAUUUGCUUUGACGUUUUGCACUAACGUACCUGGGAUUAAGCUAACCAGCUUUCGUACAACAAGCCCCAGGACUAAUUGCUUUAAAUCGAAAAUGCUAUUUAACAAUUAGUCGCCGAAGGCGAGGUGAUUACAAGCCUAAUAGUAUAUUCAAUGAGCCGAAGGCGAAGUGAAUAUAUGCUUGUAAUCACUGAGGCGACUAUUUGUUUUCGUAUAAUUUCAGUACUGAAAAAGUUUUAUCUAGUACUUAAAAAAUUCAUUAAUAAUUCACGAGGAAAAUACAAAAGAAAUGAAUGUUUAAUCAAUGUUUGUAAAUCGGAUAAAGAUUUGUCCUAAUUUACAUAAACUUCAGCUUUGAUUUUCUCGGCUUAGACAAUGUUUAUUUUUAAGGUGGCUCGAUAUAGUUAUGACGAAAACCCUGCUCAAGAAUCGCGAACUCAAAACCGGGUGACCAUUUUUACGCGCAGGUCGCGGAAACUGAUUAACAAAAUGACAGAACUUCCAAAAUGACCUGACGUAAGCAGCUGCUCGCGCCAUCUCACGUCAUUUCGCGUGUUCUAUAUAGCGUUUUAUGUCAAUUGCUGACGUCAUUAGAAUUUUCCAUUUUAGAAAAACAAUGCGCUAUAUCUCUUUAUUUUGUCUGGUGACCUAUGUUCAAAUUUUGCAUGCUGUAUUUCACCGCUAAAAACUUUCAUUAUACAAAAAAUAAAAAAAUUCUGUAAUGCCAAAAAAAUUUUACCGAAGAAUAUGACAUUUUCGCAUUUUCCAAAAAAAUGGCAUUACAGAAUUUUUUUUAUAUUUUGCUAAUUGUUAGCUUUUCGUCCAAGUAAAAUAAUGCAAGAAAAAAAAUUGGGGGUCACCAUGCUUCUUUUCCAACUAUACGAGACGAAAGGCCAUUUUGGAGUGUAUUUUGUACACGUAUGUCGUCAUAGCAACGAACUAUCUGUUACUAAAACUAAUAUAAUUUGAAAGUAGAGAUAUCGAAAUAUUUAAAAAACCCAAUAUCUGCUGAAUAUAUUCUAAAAAUGCAUAGUUUGAACAUUUCAAAGUGUUGAACACCUGAAUUUUUGAAAACUGUAUCGAGCCACCUUAAAAUUACUUCGCCAGUGAACUCAUAAGAUGGGUCAUUUUUAAGUACUAGAUAAAACAUUCGCAUCCGACCUGUAUCUGAUAUACAAACCUUCGCCUUCGGCUCGAGUUUGUAUAUCAGAUACAGAUCGGCUGCUCAUGUUUUAUCUAUAGUACAUACAACUCAUACACGUGUUUAUUUUAUGAACAUAAUUUGCAUAAAUAAUUUACUUCCGUCUGAUUUUUAGCCAUUUUUUUGGGAAAAGCAAUAGUUACAGUUACUGCUCAGAGCGGUCUGAGCGCAGUAACUAUUACCUCAGAGUUACUGCUGAGGGAGCCAGUCAGAAUGCUCAAAGGCCAUUUUUCAAUACUGAAAAUAUACUAAAUUACAGUAAGCCCGCUGUCUAAUUAAAUAGAGCUUUCCCUUUACUGUACAUGCCUUGUUUCCAGUUCAACCCCUUACCGUGUCGUACCAAAACGUACCGUAUUACAGCUUUGAUUCUUGAGCAUGCACUUAGACAGAACUACCGGUAAUGACUUUGACACAAAAGAAAACGCACAGUUUGUGUAGAGAACAGGUAUAAGGUUGUUCUUAUCAUUUAAUACUGCUAACAAACUCCUAGAAAGGGUUUUUCAAAUUUUCAAAUUCACUUCAGUGUCGGCCGCGGUGUGGAUGCAGAAAACUGUCGUAACGGUUGUUAAGCCUCAAAAAGAUUAAAAACAUUUCAAUGGCCCCACAACAUUGACAUCAUUAUAGAUGUUCGAUCGUCUCUGCAACCUUGAGUAGGAAGUGUGCACGUGUAUUGUGGGAUAUCACAGGCUUUUCCAUUUUUAUUUCUCUUUUAAAGGCACUCCACCUAAAGACGCCUCUUUUGCUUUACAUGCAACGCUUGUGCAUCAUUUUAUGAAAGGAGGGUAUUAUCCCGUCGGAGGUGCCAGUGAGAUAGCAAUGAGAUUUAUUCCUGUCAUUGAGAAAACCGGAGGCAGUGUUUUGGUUCGAGCUCCAGUUAAGGAAAUAUUGUUGGAUGAAGAAAAAGGAAAAGUCCGAGGUAUUUGUAAAAUCCUUGCAAAGGGUUUGUCAGCCACGGUGUGGAUAUUGAUGUUGUGGCUCUUAUUAGCUUAAAACGUAAACAGAGAAUUCCAAUGUUUUGAGCCAAAACCCGUCAUCAGGAGAAUUAAUUGUAAAUCUCCUACUAACUGUUCUGACGAAGGAUCUCGUGAUCCUGCUUUUUUGAGGCCUUCAGGUGUGACGUCAUAUUACGCGACAUCAAGAAUUAUCUGUAGGUUAACAGCCAAUCAAAACAGUGAUUGUAUACUGGUAAUGCAUAAUAAUUAGCUAAGUCAUAUAAAUUAAAAUCGCCUUGUAUGCUAAUAAAACAAUGUCAAACUACUUAAAGUCAUACAACUACUAUAAGAUAACUGAUAUAGAUAUACCUAGCAGGAAAAUAAAGCGACACUUGGAAGGACUCAUAAUCCAUGAGCCAAAUCUUUAUUUUUCAGGCGUUCGUGUGGCUAAAAGUAGUGGUGAUGUUGAUAUCUUUGCACCCCUGGUUGUAUCUGGUGCUGGUGUGUAUAACACGUUUGAAAAAUUACUUCCACAUCCAGUCGAAGAAAAAACAUCGAUGCUGAGUUCUGUCCGACACGGUUGUGGUGGAAUAUCCGUUUACGUUGGUUUCAAUUUAUCUAAUGAUGAACUGGAAGUAGUAAAGGGCAGAAAUCGGUGGAUCUUUUCGAACAACGAACUUGACCAAUCGUUCGAAGAAUAUCGUAAUAUGUCUGUAGAAAGCGUUGGGGAACAAGAUAUCCCAUUGUUGUUCCUAUCAUUUCCUUCAACAAAAGACCCAACAUGGGAUGACAGAUUUCCUGGAAAGUCUACAUGCGAAGUUGUCAGCUUGGCUUCUUAUGAUUGGUUUGCGAAAUGGAAAGACGGGAAGGUCAUGCACCGUGGUGAAGACUACGAGGAAAUCAAACAACGUAUUGGGAAGCGAAUGUGGGAGCAAGUUUGUCGAUUUCAUCCUAACCUUAAAGAUAAGGUCGAGUAUUUCGAUGUUGGUAGUCCGCUGUCAAACCAGUACUACAUCGCAGCCUCACGUGGCGAGUUAUACGGCGCUGACCAUAAUGUUGACAGGUUCUUCCCCCAAAGUGUUUUCAAUUUACGAGCGGAUACAUCCAUAAAAGGACUCUACCUUACUGGUCAGGAUAUUUUCUGCUGUGGUUUCUCUGGAGGUCUGUAUGGGGGUGUAAUAUCUGCCUGCACUAUCCUGCGAAGAAAUCUUAUCAAUGAUUUGUUGGCGUUAAGAAAGCAGUGUAAAAAACAACACUGAUCGUGACACUAUGUGAAAUGCCCACUAUAUAUCAAUACUCAACAGAAACGGUAGUUGAGCAAAAAAGAAACAAAUAUAGUAUCAUUAUGCAUGACAUUGAUUUUGGAAUUGGACGCAACGAUUAAACAUUUCAUGUGAUUUAUGGAUGUCACGGGCUGAUGGAAAAUAUUUAAAUGUUCAAUGAAGUAAUAUAUGAUUUUAUCUAUUUGACAUUAUGGACCUGAAUUUGAAAUAUAUGACUGAUUUUGAAUAUUCUGUGCUUGGUCAUUUUGGGACGAGAACGGUACCCAUUGUCUAGUGCUGUACUUCUCAUAUACUCAGGAAAUUAAUAGCAACGUAGUAGCUGGCUAUAUAUUAAUCUCUCCACAAAGGGUCUUCCUCAAGUGGUUUUAAUCAUUUUCAUGUAGUUCAAACACAAACCACGACAGUCCAAUUAUAUAAGACAAUCUAGUCCUAGUAGUUCUGAGAUCAUUGUAUGUAUGAAAGAAAACGAUUGUGUGUUUGACUGAUUGAUUGAUUGAUUGAUUAGAAGGAUGGAACACAUGCAACUAAAGUAUUAAACUAUACAUAGAAUUGAUUUCUAAACGCGUCAUAAAGACAUAAACACUGCCCUUGUUUAAGGAAACCAUCAUACAGGAGUUUCAGUCUUCCAUGGCGUCACAUAUUGCUGACGGCUCUGAAACCGACAGCUUAGCCUGCGUAGCGACCAGCUCAGAUCGAGUUAUACAUGCAGUAGUAUAAUUGCGACAAUUCAAGACAAAACAAAAUUUAUAUAUAGUUUUAAUAGAUCAUUAAAUAUUUUCAUACAGCUACAUAUAUAUAGUUCCAGCUAAAUAUAACUUGAAGAUGUGAAGACCAGCUCAACAAGUUACGUAGAAAAUAAUGUUCGUUUCCAUCAUCUCCACAUCCUAAAAAC